GCUCAAUGAGCCGCAGUCUUUUCUCAACCUCUGCUGUGAAAGUAUCGCGCUGUCUUUACCCAAAUAAUGCAUCAAGAUCAUCUUGUUGAGAUUCCCAGUGAGAAUUGGAUAGAAUUGCGUGAUAAGUUCAGCACUGAUUGGCCUCGAAACAUUGUGAAUUACUACACUAUCAACACUUACAUCAGCUGGCGUGAAAAGUCAAACAAGAUAGAUCAUCUGCACUUCUACAGCCUCAAUGGCGAGUGGAGACGAGAUGCAACGGUGCUUAUUGUGGAUCGGUAUCAGUUAUUCGUCUGCAGUCUUGAUGAGUCAAAUGCACAGCUGAAGAGAGCCCUCGAGCUGCUGGACUGGCGCGCUGGCUUCAAGAUCAGCUCCUUCGUGUCUAAGCAUCGGCCAGCGGUGCUUCACUUGGUGGAAUCUAGAAGAUUAGAGAAGGAAUACGACAGUGAGACAAUCCUCUACCAUCUUCCACGUCAUUUGGCUCAAGCCGUAUUAGUCGACUGUCCAGAUGACAUCGAAUUGCAUCCCAUGCGUGAGGAGGACGCAAUCGUUGCCGAUCGCGUGUGGCCAAAUCGUCACGUUGGAUCGCUCUUUUUCCUCCAGCGCCUCAUCGCGUGGAAUCCAAAUGUUGGCGCCUACACGCGGGAUGGAAAGCUCGUGGCGUGGUGUUUUCUCCUUCAAGCCGGUGCAUUGGGAGCCUUGCAGGUCGAUGAGGGAUAUCAGCGACGAGGCUUGGGAAGCCUGGUGGCCAGAGCCAUGAUUAGGAAGCUGUGUGAUCAGGGAAUUGAGACUUUUGCAUUCGUCAAUGUGGACAACACGGCGUCGAAGAGGAUGUUCGAGAGGCUCGACUUUGAGCGGACAGAUUUCAUCUACUGGCUCAGAACCCUUCCCACAGAUCCUUCAAUUCCUCCAUGGUCGGAUUAGAAGAAUGUUAUGGUACU